AAAGCAAACAUAUAGUGCUUUUUAAAUAGGAAACUCAGUACCGCUAGCUCCAUCUUCAUAGUUCAGACACACAGAAACACGCGCGAAAGAGACAGAGAGAAAGAGAUGGCUGCAACAUCCAGUGCAUUUGUUGGUGGGUUAGGCUCAAGCUCGACCUUCUUGACUGGAGGCAAGAGAAGCCAUGACUUGUUAUCCGCUGGAUUUGGAGCCAGGGCUAUCCCUGCUUUCACUCCUGGGAAGUCGAUAGUAGCGGCUGCAGCUGCGCAGCCAAAGAAAUCGUGGAUCCCUGCCGUUAGAGGCGGCGGCAACUUCGUCGACCCUGAAUGGCUCGAUGGCUCACUUCCAGGCGAUUAUGGAUUUGACCCACUAGGGCUAGGGAAGGACCCGGCGUUUCUCAAGUGGUACAGAGAAGCCGAGCUUAUCCACGGCAGAUGGGCCAUGGCCGCAGUGGUCGGCAUUUUCGUGGGCCAGGCGUGGAGCGGAAUCCCAUGGUUCGAAGCAGGUGCGGCUCCGGGUGCGGUGGCGCCGUUCUCCUUUGGCUCGCUGCUUGGAACCCAGCUUCUGCUCAUGGGAUGGGUCGAGAGCAAAAGAUGGGUGGACUUCUUUAACCCAGACUCACAGUCUGUGGAAUGGGCUACUCCCUGGUCUAGAUCGGCCGAGAACUUUGCAAACGCAACCGGAGACCAGGGAUACCCGGGAGGCAAGUUUUUCGACCCCUUGGGACUCGCGGGCACGCUCAAGGAUGGAGUGUACAUUCCUGACGGGGAGAAGUUAGAGAGACUGAAGCUUGCUGAGAUCAAGCAUGCGAGACUUGCUAUGCUGGCCAUGCUCAUUUUCUACUUUGAGGCGGGGCAGGGAAAGACACCUCUCGGUGCUCUUGGCUUGUAAAUCGGGCGUAUGACAAUUGAAGUGGAGACAGAAAAUUAACAGAA